AGCAGCCUGUGGAGUUGGGGGACGAUGAUGGGGGGUGCGGGGAGCAGCGCUGCAGGGGGGUCUCCGGGUGGGGGAUUCAUCCCACAAUUUGACAGGGAGAUCGCGAGGUUGAGGCGAGGCAACUUGGUGUGGAACUUCGUCACCGCGGGCCAGCUUGUGGGGGACCAGUCGAAGAUGCAUGGAGACCGGAAGUUGCAUUGCAACUUUUGCAGCCACGUCUGGCAGGGGAACGCGGCGAAGGCCGCUCGCCAUUUCACGCAGCCGAAGUACUGCAAGGUUGCGGGGAUGAGAGUUCUCGCGAAUCUCCAGAACGACACCGACUACAGGUUUGUGGACAGCACUCCUCGGCGGGUGCAGAGGUGGAUGGAUGAGGAGGGGAUACUCGAUACGAGAGCGCCCGUAGGUGGGCAGCGGCCACGGACGAACGACGCAGAGAGGGACGAGAUUCAGGACGUCCUCGAUGAGCAGGAGGGGCGCCAGGGUGGGGUCGACGAGGCGGGGAUGGUUACAGCGGGCGCCGAGAUCCCUUCGCAGAGGACGAAGGUAGUGUCGAUGGUGAGCGAGGUGCCCUCUGCUUUCCAGCACACCGGUGCCACCAUCGUCUCCGACGGAAGGAAGUCGCGUAGCGGCAAGCCGCUCGUGAACUUCCUAGCCGGGGGGGGGAACGGCGCCCUGCUGUACGCCACCGUCGCACGUGACGGGUCUGUGAGCGAUACGGCGGAUAUCGUGUAUCGCAGGUGGCGGGCCAUCAUCCUGUCCUUUCCUGCAAAGGACGUGAUCGGCUUCUGCACGGACUCCGCCAGUAACUAUAUGGCGGCGGCCUGCAGAUUCGCCACAGACCCUAACGCUUGCUCCACCCACGUCUGCAACUUGAUGUUGUCAGAUGUCGGGACGCGAGUGGGGUGGGUCAAGGAGACCAUCAUCCGUGCCCGAGUGUUAGUGCGAUUUUUUAAAUCGCACGGCGCUGCUCACGCCCUUUUCAGGAACUUCAAGCUGAGCUCUCGCGUCAUAAUCGUCGAGCCCGUUGAGACCCGGUUUGCAUCGGUUUUCCUGAUGCUAACGUAUCUCAAAGGCUGGCAGGACAUGCUGGGGAGCAUGCUGCAUGGCGAUGCGUGGGCACGCAUCCCGUGGGAGCGUAGGUUUAUCGCCCAGGUGCAGUGGGUGCAGCAGCAGAUCCACGACGGGGAGUUCUGGCAAUGUGUUGACUGUGCCAUCCGCGUUAUGGCGCCCGUCCACCAGCUACUGAGGAGGAUGGAUAAGGGGGGGAUGAUGAUGUCCAUCGUGUACGAGUGGAGUCAGCAUCUGCUCGAGUUGAUGAGGAGGGUGGAUGUGCCGGCGGACAUGGUCGAGCCGUGCAUGCGCGAGGGUGCUAUCCGCAACCUCCACAUGCUAGAGCCCGCACAUGCCGCGACACACCUCCUCAACCCUCGUCGACGGUCCUUUCGAUAUUAUGAGUCGUUGCAGACGACCAAGAGGAACUGGGCGCAGCACGAGCGCAUCAACACGGCGAGGCGCAACAAGCUUGGGUCUGCCAAGCUAGCACAGUUGGUUGAGAUUGCCACCAAUCUCAAACUGGCCGCGUGCACGCAGCAGGGUGGUGGCUACGUGUUGCUGUGGGUUAUGGGGACCGGUCGGGAGGGGACGACGGGAGAGGAGGAGGACGACGAGGGAGAGGUGUGGGGAGCACGACUUGCUGGCAGUGUUAGCAAGCAGGACAUCGAGCGCCAGGUCGUCGCUUUCCGUGCCUGCCGACCGCCCAGAGCCGACCCGGUUAAGGACGUGCUCGGCAAGAGGGCGACAAAGCUACAGCCGUGGCCGGAGUACACUGCAGGGGCUGACGGCACUCCGGACGCUAAUGGGACACGUCCAACGACCAGUGGAAGGACGAUGAUGACGUCGCCAUCAGUGGCGACGCGACGGCGAAGCAGGUGUAUUUCACUUACGGUGGAGGACCUGACGGCAUGGCUCCACAAACAUCCGUCAUCACUGACGAUGUGCCGUCAGGUGGACAGGCCAGUGGCACCGGCAGAGCCAGGGGUCGUCGUGGACGACGUCCACGUGGCGACGAGGACGUCGAGGAGCAGGAGCCACUUCGGGGUCUUCGGCAGACCGGCCGAUGUUGGGAGGUCAGGAGUGACAGCGAGCCGGAGAGGGAGGGUGAGGAGGAGGAGGUGCCCCGUCAGGAUCGUCGGGCGGUGCCUCCCGUCGGAGCUCCGUACCGACGACUUCGAUGUGCAGGACCGUAUGCAGACCGCGGAGAAGCGGGAUGCCCGGCUGGCCAGAGAGGAGGAGGAGCGGCUGCAGACUUUGCCGGGAUGGGAGGGUCGGUUUGCGUAUCUGGAGGAGCAGCGUCGACUGAGGGAGUUGGAGACAGGGGGGGGUGGCGGCGGUGACGCCGGUGACGUGGGUGUCCGUGAGGAGGCUGUUCUAGGAGAGGUCCGAGAGGGUGUUAUCAGAGAGGAUAUCGACGUGGGUGGCGGGGGAAAGGGUGUUCCCGCGGGUGACGAGGGACAGGGUGUCGCCGCGGGUGCUGGGGGAGAGGGUGGACCCGGUGGAGAUGUCGACGGCGACCAUCGCGGCGAGGACGAGGACGGGUCUGACGACCGCCACGGCAGUGACGACCACGGUGGCGACGACGAUGAGGAGAUGCUCGCUUUGGUUGUGAGGGACCCUAUGCUACCUCUCCUGCAUCCCGAUGACUUAAUGCUCGUUGUGCUCGACGCCGACGGUUUGGCGCAAGUCGGUUCACAGGACCCCUUCCCCCAUACGGGCCGUAGGAGCGGCGAGAGGCGCCCCCCUGGAGGGGCGUAUUCACCCCCUCCUUACCUCGUGCCGAGCCCUCGAUGGUCGGGUUCGUCGCUCAGCAGGAUCAGAGGACGGGAGUCCGGGGUGGUUGAGGGCGGGUCUGGCCUCCGCAGUGACGGCGGCGGAUCUGCCGGAUCGAUGCCCCCACCACCCGCAUGGGCCGUGGAGGCGGGCGACGAGGAGACGGCGGCCCGUACGCACAUUGGUGGUUCCCCGCCGCCUGUCCGAGGUGGUGUCGUCGGCGGAUGGGCAGCUCAUCGACGGGUCACGGACCGGUUGAGGGCGGAUUACGACGCCGGGAGGGGCGCCUUCGCACGCUUGUCACCACAGAGUCAGUCUGCGGAUGGUGGUUUUGGACGUCCGAGUUUUCACAUGGCAGGCCUCAUGGUCGGUUUAUCCUGAUUGGCGACGAGGAGAUCAUUGGUCCUCCCGGCAGCAGGGACAUCUACGGACAUGCAACAAAGACAACACUACACA